AUGGAGUCAGAAAGCCUGCAACGCCAGGGAUCUGCUCGCGACUCCAAAAAGGCGCGAAAGCAGCUCUGUGGUGCGCAGAAUUACAUGGAUGGUUUCAUUUUCUCUGACUUCAUGGGAUUCUGCAUGGCGCUGCGAGAUCAUGGCGUCGGAGGAGACUUCUUAUCAUGCUUCCCACUUGAACAGCACUUUGCAUGGCUUCGAAACACGUUCAGUCCUCCUAUUGACGUGAUCAAAUUUGGAAAACUGGGCCCGAAUGGUCACAAGGCUCUUUACACGUACUCGCGCUUUGCUUAUGUUAACCGACAAUAUUGGUGGACCCAAGUUGGUGUUCAUGAGCUUUUAGGCCGGGUGGAAACAUGGAUUCGGGAGAAGCAGCAACAAGCAGAGGAUGGUGAUGUUGUGAGCAUUAUUCUUGAAGGUCACGGCUCUCGGAAGGAAGGAUACUGCAUUGGAGACCGUCGCGUCCACCCUGAUGUCUUCGGAAAUCUUCUUGCUGGUUUUAAAGAUGGCGUCCAGGUAAAUGCCAUCUCGGGGGCAUGCUACUCGGGUCAAUUUAUCAAUGCAAUCCAGGCAUCGAACCAGAGGAGCCGGUACUUUGCAGUCGCUUGUCCCGGCGAUGGUUUGGCACUGUCUCCAACCCGCAGCAUCAGCAACAGGAUACGCAACAGCAGAUUCUCGCAAGCCUUUGUCCAAUCAUUAGCCAAGAUCCAACUCCCAGGAGUACCUCGCAGGCGCAUCACUUGGCGCAUCAAGGACCACGAAGAGUUUAUGAUAUUGCAAACUACCAGAAAUCUUACCCCUGGCGCGAAACCCGUGGAGCCUCAAUUUUGUGCCAGUCAGCCUGUAGAUGGAAUGACCAUUCUAGAAGAGUUGAUCUUCAGGGAUAAGGUAGAUAUCCUUUACGACCCUUGUGUAUCCUCCCGUCGCCGCCGACGUGAAUGGCCCACAACAGACCAAGCGAUCCUCGACCUCCUCCGAAGUGACUCCCCAGCCUCAAUGACCGACGCAGCAAAGGCUAUAGUAGAUGUCGAAUUGUCAAAAUGUGACACUCGAGGUGGCUUCCGGCCCGACAUUCAUGUAUACGAUCAAUUGUUUAUGAAAUCGACAAACUGGGUGAGCAUACUCCGGAAUCUGUAUUGGCGGGCUCGGAGACAAUCAGCAGUAUGGGACGUUUUCGAGCUGUUAGUAAUGAGAGGCUUCAUACACCCAAGCUGUUUGACGACCCCAGUGGAUCUCCAGUCCAUGACCCGUGAUACUGGUAUCGUUACACAAUUACUCACUUGCUUCUCAGCCCCUCUGCAUGAUGAGGACGCAGCCCAUCAGGGUGAUAUUCCUUUGCAGUCGACCAGUUGGGAUGUAGAUAUCGGAUGGCUCGCAACAAUGAUCGUCCGCAGUGGCGCAGAACUCGAAAAGCUUCUCGACACAAUUCAUACCAGUCGCUUUUUCGGAGAAUGCCUACCGGAAAAACUAGAAGAGUCUAAAAAGAUGUACCCAGAAGGGACAGCAAAACUAUCACUGCAUCCCCGGGAGCGGGAGGGAAGGCUCGGUGCAGAUGGUAGCAUAAUGCCUCAAGACAAUACUUUUGGAUUUUGGCUUCCCCAUGGUCUCACCAACGAUGAAACACUUGGCGCACAGAUCUGCCAGUGUAAGGACCGUUUCAACAAUAUUGAGCGCGCAUUUCGGGAAGUUGAGGCGAUUUCAAAGGAUCAACUCUGGCUUGAGGCGGAACAGGCAGGUUUCUUCGACCAGAAUCAAAGGCUGCCUGGGGGAGAUAACGACAACCCAGAUGUCACAAUCGAAUGCGAUGAUUCCAAUCUGCCUUAUAUUUGA